CCUGAAGGUAAGCGCCUUUACUCACAUUACCUAAGGUAAAGGUAGGUCAAUAUCAUGACGCAGUGUCUUCCACUGUCUACUAGUACCUCCCUAGGUCAUGCUAGAUGAAGCUGAAGCCUGGCAAGAGGCCCAAGUACCCUUCAUGGUGUGAUCAACCCUCCGUAUCCCUUUGCGUGAGCACUUGCUUGAUUGAACCUAGACGUCGGAAUUUGUAUCCACCAUGAGACUCGAAAUGCCCGCGUCAAGUGACACAGGGCCUGAGGACCGACAAAUAUCGUACACCGAUCUUUUGAUUGUCGGCGCAGGCCCUGCAGGCUUGACUCUCGCAGCAUGGGCUAGUCGUUUCGGACUGAAAGCUCGUAUCAUCGACGACAAGGCUACGCAAGUCUACGAUGGUCGAGCUGAUGGCCUUCAUCCGAGAACAAUCGAGAUUCUCGACAGCUUUGGCAUCGCCACAUCAAUCACCGAUAAGGCCCAGCCUAUACGGGAAAUCUGCUCCUGGAACCCCUCGGAGAAAGACGAGAGUCGUAUCGAGCGGUCGCAAAGAAUCCGUGACCCUGAAAUGGAUCUCAGCAGAUAUCCCCAGAUGUCGCUAAAGCAAGGCUUUAUCGAAGGCGCAUUUCUGGACUUGCUGCAACGAGAAGGGGUGCUUAAAGUUGAACGCAACGUCGUCACGGAAUCAAUUACCUACGAUGAUAUCCAUGAACAAGAACAGUGUGAACAUGCUAUCACGCUCAACAUAUCGCACAGCGACAAAUCGCAAUCGUCCAAUGGAGCUAGGCCCAGACAUGAGCAGAUACGGACAAAGUAUCUUGUUGGAGCUGAUGGUGCACAUAGCUGGGUGAGAGACAAGUGUGGCUUCGAUAUCAACAAGAAUCGCACCCAGAAACACUUUGGCGUCAUGGAUAUCAUACCGUUGACAAAUUUUCCGGAUGUUCGAGUGUCCUGUGUCAUACAUUCUGCUCGCCACGGAAGUGUGAUGACCCUUCCCCGUGAAGGCCGGCUACUCAGGUGCUACGUCCAACUAGCGGAAACGGGUGAUGAAGAGGAGUCGUUCAAUGCCAAAAAGAUAUCUUUCGAUGACAUUCUUGACAAGGCUCAAAAGAUCUUUAGUCCGUUCCAGCUGCAGAGUGCAGCGUGUGAGUGGUGGUCGGUGUAUACAGUGGACCACCAGAUCGCGAAGACCACGAGCCUGCACAAUCGGGUCUUUUUGGUUGGUGAUGCAGUGCAUGCUCAUACUCCGACUAUGGGCGCCGGUAUGAAUGUGUCCAUUCAGGACUCGUUCAAUCUGGGCUGGAAAUUGGGCAUGGUCAUCAAGCGUCUUGCUAAGCCGGAGCUGCUGGACACGUAUCAAUCCGAGAGACAUAAAGUCGCCACAACAUUGCUCGAUCUCGACCGCCAGAUGUCUCAAUUCUUUGUUGAUGGACCAUGUGAAGAGUCCGUCAACUACGACGAAUUCAGGAAGAAAUUCACCCCUUUCUUGAGCGGCACAGGUGUCACUUACGGUCCCUCCAUGAUCAGAGCACAGGACGACCAUGAUGAGCAGACGAACGGCGAUUCCGAGUCGGAUACGAAAGGCCAAACAUGCAAGUUCCGAUCCAAGCGGAAUCUCGCUCGAAAAGUUCGCACUGGCCAACGACUGUGCUCGCACUUUGUUGUCAAUCAAGCUGACGCCAGCCCUCGCCAAGUCCAUGAGUUGAUGGAUGCUAUGGGACCUUGGAGAAUAAUGCUAUUUGCUGGGGAUUUGCGGGAUGCCAAACAACGAAGGCGCAUAGACAACUUUGCAGCGCAUUUCUCAAGCAAGAAGUCCAUCGUAGGCCGAUGUUGUCGCCCCACCGUCUCCGAAGCAGUGGUUGAGAUCAUUACCAUCCAUUCAGCGCCACGAGUGGAGAUAGAACUCCUUGACUUGCCAGAGGUUUUGCACCCUUACCAUGAGAAAUUAGGAUACGAUUACUGGAAGGUGUUUACAAGCGAAAGCUCUGAGGAGAAAAGUGAUGUGGAGGACUCUUACCAGAGAUACGGCGUGGACCCGGGGUGCGGUUGUAUCAUUGUUUGCCGUCCGGAUCAACAUGUGUCCCUGAUAUGCGAAAUCGAGGACGUCGACAUGGUUGAUGACUUCUUCGAUCAAGUUUUGGUUGAGAGCAGUCGGUAGCCAUGAUUUGGAAUACUCGAGAACCAAGUAGUCGCUUUGAUCCGGCGACCCUACUCUGCGAAGACACCUUGAUAGCGAUGUGUGAAGUGAGAAGGAUACUUCGCAUUUGGAUCAGUAUGUCCACCAGCACGUGUCCAUUGUGUUGUCGGAGAUCGGA